CUCUCUCUCUACUCUCUCUCUCUCUCUAUACUCUCUGGCUGCUGUGUAUUCACUUCUCAGUUGUCACGUUUCGUUUCGAUUCCACUGAGUCGAAAUCAGCCACAGAGCUCAUAUGGAUAUUAUUGAGGCUAAAAAUGACUUCCAGGAUUGGGAACUCCUCCUAUCCAACUCCGAUUCUGAAUCGGUCCCCGCUCCAGUUAGCUUCACCGAGUCCGCUAACUCGUUCGACGAAAUUGAUUCUGGUGGAGGCUUAAUUCAGGUUAAUUAUUUCUCUUUAGAAUCUCACAAUCGUUACCUGGAGGACCCGGAGGAUGAUAAAUCGGCUCUGUCCGAUAAUCCCAGUUGGAUUGAUCCCGGGUUGGAGGAGGAUCCGACCCGGUACCUUCAUAAGGAGUCCGGUGAAUUUUGGUCUGAUUCCGGCAGCGAGCGCUCCGAAGAUCGCAAAUUUAGUGACAUGGGGUUUUCUCAAAACGAGAAAAAUGAACAAACAUUUGAAGGAGUUGCUGCUGAAAUAAUCGAGGACAAGGAGGGAAAGGCGGAGGAGGAUUUGGGGAAGUUUAAUCCGGGUUCAAGUGGAAUUGAAGUGGAUCCUGCUGAACUUAGUGACGGUGCGGAGAAUUAUCAAGCAGAUGUGGAUGGUAACGCGAAUUUGCACGAUGAGUCAGUGGUUUUAGGUGAAGAGAAAAAUGGAGCUGAGAUAAUUGGAAGUGGAGACAAAGUUGUAAGCAAGAAAAGUGGUGAGAUUGAAAAGAGGAGCUUAGUGUGGUGGAAGAUGCCGAUUGAUUUUCUCAAGUAUUGUGUGUUUAGAAUGAGUCCUGUGUGGACAGUCUCUGUUGCAGCUGCUGUUAUGGGGUUUCUGAUUUUGGGCCGCAGGUUGUACAAGAUGAAGAAGAAAACUAGGGGAUUGGAGAUUAAGGUUACUGUUGAUGAUAAGAAGGUAUCUCAGGUAAUGAGCAGGGCUGCUCGUCUGAAUGAAGCUUUCUCAGUUGUGAAAAGGGUGCCCAUGAUUCGGCCUUCAUAUCCUGCUCUUGGUUCGUCCAACAACUGGCCUGUAAUGAGUCUUAGAUGAGACCAUCAAUUGUUGUACACGAAGACAGGGGAGACUGUGCUUGUCAAGUUUAAGACUAUAUUAUAUGUGUAAAUUUUGGUAUUUUACUGUAUAAUCUAUGUGUGUGUUUACUAGUUUCUUUGUGCCUUGUAACAUUUGAAAGCUUCUGCUUCAUUGGCUCUGUAUCGAAAAGUCAAAUAUAUUUAUUUCAAUUCUGCUGUUUGUCAU